UUAAACACUGCCGCCCAUAAGCAUACUCACGACUCUUGCCAGCCUGUACUCGACAUCGCUCCUGUCGUCCAGCAUCGCAACCAGCCUCUACCAAACUACGAGCAUCUGCCCCCUCAAACGGCCCGUUCCCCGCGCUACGGACGCCCACAAGACAGCUGACGAUUCGCUCGGGAGCUGGCACAGCAAGCACAGGGACCGCUGCCCACGCUUCACACACGGAGCAACCUCUGGCGGGCGCAUGCGAUCACAUCCCGAGGAUCAAGGCAUCUAGUUCGCUGCUACUGCUGCCACUCGCGCGCGGGCUCGAUUGCAAAAAUCCGACCUCAGCUCAGCGGCCCUGGUCAUGCUGCCCGCGCAACCUCAUCAGGUAGCCUCGUGAAUGACGACUUCGACUGCACCACCCCCCAUCGCGCCUCCUUAGGCUUCUCCGCCAGCCCACGUCGCCAUGUCGUACUACGGGAACGGCCAGAACUACUACAACCCCAAUAUACCGCACUCGAGCGCAGGCGGCGCGACGGGCCAUGGGGAUCCUCAGGCAAAUGGAGGAGCUGCGGGCUACGCGUACCCCCCGCCAGCCCGGCGCGACAGCUAUACUACGCGCCAGAACGACGAGCUCUUCAUGGGCGAGACCAACUCCCCGCAGUUGAACCAGGCCCCGUUGUCUCCCACGGCGGGCGGAUACAACAGCAGCAGCUAUGGAUACCCUCCGCAAUCGCAGCAGCAGUACAACCCCCAGCACUACAAUUCUCAACCCAUACCUCUGCCCAAUCCCCAGCAGUAUGGCGGCGUCAACAGGACGUUUGCUCCCCCCGCGCUGUCACAACACCAGCCAUAUGUUCCAGCUGCCUAUGCGGACACCAGCCUGGGCAGGACCAAUACAGUCAGCCAUCCCUAUGGCUUCUCGCCCACCUCGCCCACCGUUUCCUACCCGUCGCCCAAUGUCUACCAGAGUUCGCAAUUCGGGCGAACAUCUUCUGUUCAGGGUCAGGGCAGAGUAGCUUACACCCCUCCUGCCCCACCACCCCUCCCUGCGCUUCCAGGGAGCGCCCAGUCGCCAACAGAGGAUUGGGGUAGCUAUCCGGGUCGUCAGCCUUCGAAUGCUUCGUCCCAAUCCUACUAUCAACCCACAACCGCCUCGCACGCCCCGCUUCCUUCCCCACCUGCAUACGACAACGGCUACGGCUCGCAACAGCGCGUUGACAGGUUUUCCUCCGUCUCGAGCCAACAUUCAAACACGCUCCCUCCAACACCAGAGGUGCCUCCUCAUGGCUCGCCGCAGCGAACAAACACCGUCUCCUCUCGACCGCUCCCCCCGCCUCCACACGAAUCUGACAGCGACGACUACUUCCCGACGCAGAAUGGGUCUCCGUAUAAUCAAGACGAGCUGUUCAAUGAUGUCAUGACCAUGACGGCAGGGGGGCGCCAGCCAUCCAUCCAAGUGCAACAACCGAACGGCGGCCAAUACUAUCCCGAUAGUCUGGAUCGACAGCCAACAGGGAGGAACGGAGACCGCGUUAAUGGCGACCGACUUGCGCCAUCAUUCCCUGCUCGCGAUACGUAUACUAGCGAUGAGAGUGAUGUCGAGGCAGCCGCUGGCUUGGCUGCACUUCGAAUGGCAGAAGAACAGGAAGAGGCGGACGAGGCCCGCAGGCGUAGUGGAGGAACUGGUCUCUUCAGCAACUAUACCAGCUUACAAUCUCCGCAUCAAUCUGCCGGAGCUAGUCGGCCGGCAGAGGAAAGUGCAAGCGAUAGCGAUUAUGUUGGUGCAGGCGUCGACGUGAGUGGGUUUGGAGGCAACUUUAUGCCCUCGUUCAACUACGGCGGAGAUCCAAGUCAGCUAGCAUCAGGCGGCAGUGGCCCAUCGACCUCGGGCUCGCAGCGGCGUUCAGAACCUGCCAGCGACCAGUACGACCCGAUCCAUCCCUUCCCAUCAUUCUCCAGUAAUGCUCGUGUCGAUACAUUUGGGACCGGGGGCUUGGAAGAGCCGAGCGCGCGGCGGCGAAGCUACGACGAAGGCGACGAAGCCACUCUCAUGGACAGCGCAUCCGCCAUGUCUGGUUCAACUCUUUCGGGGCCGCUGUCUGCAAUGCCUGGCGAGCCAGCAGACAUGUUCUUCCACCCUGGUAUCUCCAACCGGCCUCUGCCUCCUCCCCCAGCGAAUGCAAAUGCGAGCGCGAACCGGCGAUUGAACCACCAGAGCACGGGCUCAACCGGUUCUGGUUCUUAUGAGUAUUGGCGCAAUGCUCCAUCAUCACGUGGCUCUUACCCCGUUGAUCCCAAUGCUAGCCAGAUGAUAUCACCAACCGGGGUCGCUGUUCCUCGCUCGACCUCUUUACUCCAACACAGCAACGCACCCGCAGCAAUACCGCUUCCGAGAUCAAAGACCGACGCCGAGCAAGGGCACAGGGCACGACAGGCUGCUAAUCGUAACACCUUCUAUGGUGCUGCUGUGGAUAGCGAUGGAAACACUCUAACCCCUGGUAGUGCGGAUGGCGUGGCCAUCGAUCUCCCUACUCUUCCAACUGGCAAGCGCUUCAAUCCGGCCAAACUCUCCACCAACGACUUCAAGAAGUGCACCGAGCCAUGGGCGCUCAGCUCAAUCAUCACUUGGCUCAAGUCUAUGACAGAAGGCGAAAAUGAUCUCAAGGAAGGGCCCAUCCAAGAAGGGCUGAUCGCCCUCUUCACCCACAAGGUACCAACAAUGAACAUUGCGGAUGCCGAGACCUUGAGUAGUCGGGUGGUGGCCGAAAUGUAUAAGGCAGGGACGCUAGUGCAUGAGGAGGAAUGGUUGAAAUUCUCAUCAGCAAGCAUGACUGGUGUCAUCUUCCAACUCACCGGAGCGGGAUGUUACGCGCCAAUGCUCCACACACACGCAAGUCCUGGUCGAUGCUACUCGCAUCAUUGCCAACGGACGCUGAAAAAGAUUGAUCUCAACUCGCCAUCGGCCGCUUCUCAGUCGGAGGACUGGGCUACCUUCUACAAGCUGAAGAAGGAAGACGUUGAGAAAGCAAACAAAAAGGAAAUUGAGCGUCAAAACAUUCUCCAUGAAAUCGUUCAGGGAGAAGAUAACUAUAUGGAGCGACUCGAUGUUCUGCGCCGUCUCUACCGUGACCGCUUGGUAGCAGCACAACCUCCAGUCAUUCCUCCCAAGAAGCUCAAUAAAUUCAUCAACGAUGUCUUCAGCAAGGUGGACGCAGUCCGAAAAGCAAACGAGGACCAUCUCUUGCCCCAGAUCAAGUACAGACAGCAAGAGCAGGGACCUUGGAUUGUCGGAUUCAGUGACAUCUUCAGGGAAUGGAUUCGGAAAGCCAAGCAAGCAUAUAUCGAGUAUGCUGCAGCAUUUCCUUACGCAAGUUUCCUAGUCCGCCAGGAGGCGGAUAGGAACAUGCUCUUCCGUACUUUCCUAGAUGAAGCUCGAACAAACAAGCUGUCCAACAAGCUCAGUUGGGACACGUACCUCAAGGGGCCUAUUGAUAGGUUGCAGCGCUACGGUCUUCUCAUCGAUACAGUGCUUAAGAAUUCAACUGUGGACAACGAGGAGAAACGCAACCUGCAGAUUGCGAAAGGGGAGAUCAAAGCUGUGACUCUGGAGUGUGACAGUCGGGUUGCCGAGAUGAGUCGGAAGGUUAGCCUCACGGAUCUACAAGCGAAGCUCAUCUUACGACCGGGUAUGCAACGCGUAGAACUCAAUUUGGACCACCUAGGACGAGAGCUUAUCUACCGGGGCGACCUACAAAGAAUGGGAGGCAGUCGAUUCAACUGGCUCGAAACGCAUGCACUACUGUUCGACCAUUACCUUGUACUUGCGAAGACGGUAUCGUACCGAGAAGCGGAUGGUGUUACCAAGUCAGAAAAAUAUGACGUUUCCAGGUUACCGAUUCCCAUGGAUCUCCUUGUCCUGGAGAGCGAAGAUGACGAUCCCGUUGUGCGCUCUACCAUGAAGGGUAUAUCCACGGUCACCACAGUGGCUGGUAGGGUAGCGGGCUCUGGAGGGCGACCUGGCAACAGCCCUGUUCCCGGCGCCUUGGUACACACCACCACCUCCAACUCCCUAGGGUCAACCAAUACCAACGGUUCUGGCAAAACGCUAGUCAACACAAAUACAGUGGAGACUAACAAGGACGAGAAGAUUUUGUAUCCGUUCAGAGUAAAGCAUCUAGGCAAAGAGACUUACACGCUAUACGCCCCGUCAGCACAGAAUAGAGCUGAAUGGUGCGACAAGCUCAUCAUCGCAAAGACACGGCAUGCUACAGCCUUGUUUGCGCAAAACGCCGAACCGUUCCGGCUACGAGUCAUGGCUGAUGCUGCUUUCGCAUACGAUAGCGCAAUGCCAUCGCAAAAGGCCAUCACGAUCAAGGGUACGCCACUUGAUCGGUCAGUAGAAGAAGUCGAGAAGAUGUUUGUCAAUGUGGGCCGUCCAGUACCAGUUUGCCGAGCCCGCGUAAAUUGUGCAACGGCCUUCAACCAGCCUUAUGGCAAGUACAUGGUAGCCGUUGGUACUGACAUUGGUGUCUAUGUCUCAGAGUUCGACAAUCCCCGGGGUUGGUCAAAGGCCAUUCAAGUACCCAGAGUAACACAGAUCGCGGUCCUCGAGCAAUUCAGCUUAAUGCUGCUCAUAACCGACAAGUCUUUGGUUGCUUACCAUCUAGAUUCUGUCUGCCCUGUCAGUGGUGUCCCUCCCACGAACGAUUCCGCUCGAAGAGCACCCCAAAAGCUGUCAGGUGCGCGCGAUAUCGGCUUCUUCGCAACUGGUGUCAUGAAAGACAGGACGCUCGUCUUCUACAAGAAGCGUGACGGCAUUUCAUCCACCUUCAAGGUCCUCGAGCCUGUCUACCAAAAGUCGACCGAGAAGAAGUCGAGGUUAUGGAAGUCAGGCCGCACAGAAUUCUUCCGGGAAUUCGAUGAAUUCUACAUCCCAGCAGACUGCUUCACAAUCAACCUCUUCCACUCGUCUCUAGCUGUCUCUACAGCGAAGGGCUUCGAAGUGCUCACUCUAGACAAGAAGCACCCCUGGUCAGUCCCUGAUUUGAAGCAACCCCAUGUCGCCACUAUCGCUUCGCGCCUGCAAAACCAAGACCCACUGGGCAUGUUCCGCCUCAGCGACCAAGAGUUCCUCCUUUGUUACGAAGAAUGCGCCGUCUAUAUCAAUAAGAACGGCGACAUCAGCCGCUCCGUCAUCAUGGAGUUUGUCGGCAAGGCCAAGUCUGCGGCCACAUACGGGCCAUAUGUUCUUCUGUUCGAUCCAGACUUUGUGGAGAUUCGGAAUGCGCAGAAUGGAAGGCUGAGGCAGGUUAUUGCGGGUAGGGAUGUUAAGUGUUUGGAUGAUGGUUUAGGCGGAGGGGCUGAUGGGAGGACAGUCAAGUUGAGUUUGCAGCAUCCGCAUCAGGAGAGGUGUCAAGUCGUCGUUGAGCUUGUGCUUAAUGAGGGACAGAAGGAGUGAUGUACAGAUUGUCAAAAAACCUAGCGACUAGUGAACUGUGCCGCAUCGAGGCAACUGCAGGAGCAGCCAGCAUAUACGCGCUAUGUACAGAGGGCGGGAGUACGGGAGUUUGGGGCGCUUGGGUAAGGGACAGUUCUAGUUCGAGCCCGCCCCCUUGGAUUUUCGUAUCUUGGGGUUUGAUAGGGGACUUGUGAUGAACCUGGGUUGGGUGGGCGGCGCUUCUGCAUAUUCUUAGCGCGAGGAUACCUUGUCUUUUUUUCUUCUGGAGCUUCUUGCGUCCUUAUUCAAGGGAAUGCAAUGUAGGGUUGGUUUAAUGUCUAGCUCAAAGUUUUACAUGGCGAAUGCUCAAUGUGUUGCUACCUAUGUUAUUACUCGCUCGGUCCACCUUUCACAGCCUAUACUACACCUCUCUGCACCCUUGCU